UUCAUAAACAAACAUUCAUUUCCUCUGAUAUAUCAUAUAUCCCUCUCUCUCUCUCUCUCUCUCUCUCUCUCUCUCUACUCGAAUCUUGAUUCGAUUCUUGGAAACAAGAAGCUGAAACUGUUCUUGGCUUUCGAUCUUGGACCAUUAGGGUUUGGUUAUGUGCGGUUUCGUACAAUCUUGUCACUACAGGAUAGCCAUUAGAGAGAAGAGUCGCAGAUCUUGAUCGUCAUAAAUGGCGGAACAGCAGCGGAGAUUCGCUAUAGGAUACGCUUUAGCGCCCAAGAAGCGAGAGAGCUUCAUUCAGGUCUCUCUGGUGAGCCUUGCUCAAGAGCGCGGCAUCGAUCUCAUUCGGAUCGACACCGACAAGCCCCUGGUGGAUCAGGGUCCCUUCGAUUGCGUUCUCCACAAGUUAUACGGCGACGAUUGGAAGAAGCAGCUGCAGGAGUUCUCCCUCAAGAACCCUAAUGCGCGCAUCUUGGAUCCCCCGGCGGCGAUCGAGCGUCUGCACAACCGGAUUUCGAUGCUCCAGGUGGUGUCGGAGCUCAAGGUUGAGAGCCACAGCAAUACUUUUGGGAUUCCCAAGCAGAUUGUGAUUUACGAUUACGAGACUCUCGGAGAGCUGCAGGCGUGGGAGCCACUCAAAUUUCCGGUGAUUGCGAAGCCCUUGGUGGCCGACGGCAGCGCCAAAUCUCACAAAAUGUCUCUGGUGUUUAAUCAGGAUGGGUUAAAGAAGCUGGGGCCGCCGAUUGUGUUGCAGGAGUUUGUGAAUCACGGUGGAGUUAUCUUUAAGGUGUAUGUGGUUGGGGAGUAUGUGAAAUGCGUGAAACGGAAGUCGCUGCCGGACGUUUCAGAGGAGAAACUGAACAGUUUGGAGGGGUCCUUGUCUUUUUCGCAGGUGUCCAAUAUAACUACGCGUGAAAGAAACGACGACAAGUACUAUAAGAUGAUGCAUUUGGAGGAUACGGAGAUGCCGCCACAGAGUUUCAUUACCGAUAUUGCAAGGGGAUUGCGGCGCGCAAUGAAGUUAAAUCUUUUUAAUUUUGAUGUGAUUCGGGACAAUAGGAUUGGGAAUCGGUACCUUGUUAUUGAUAUUAACUAUUUUCCGGGGUACGCCAAGAUGCCAUCAUAUGAGACAGUCUUGACGGAUUUCUUUUGGGAUAUAGUGAAUCAGAAAGAAAGAGAUGCUUCAGUGACGAGUUUGAAGAAGGAUGGUGAAUCUGAAACGGGUUCUGACAGAAGACCAAUUCCAAUGCGUAGUUGCGAUAAAGAUUCGAGGAAGUAUGGGAGCGAUGAUUGUUGCAGUGAUGGGGAAGACAAGGAGAACACCAUUUCUUCUUAGGUUCGUUUCUUGGUAGAAUUGGGUUAGUAGGUCUUGUUCAAGUGUAGAGAGAUCGUUCGGCUGAUUUUGAACUGAAGCAAGCAAUGCAUUUCUUUUAGAUGGAUAGAGUCGGUACAGUGAUGAAUAAGUAGGUAGUUGGCUUCAGUUUCUCCCUAUUGACAGCAUGACAUGGUGUCCGGUUAUGAUCAUGUAUAUUCCCGAAGAUAGGCAUCUCAUUGGAUGUAGCUACAUAACAAACACAUGCGAAUUGAUUUUAUCCUUUUUUUUCAUUAAUUUAGAGGAGUUAAUUUGUUUACUGGGUGCAAGUUAUUGGAAGGAAUCAGAUUUUAGCAGAUGCAGAUGUAGACAAUCAUUGCUUUGACUUUGGAUUGAUGACUAUUGGAGAUUCCUCGAGAAUCAGGAGGGAAAGGAUCUGGCAAUCGUGCCAUAGGGUCUUGUUGUCUUGACCAUUAAUUAGUUCGAGUGACUGAUAUAGAUCUGAGACAUUAAAUGCGCCUAUGUUGUGUAAACAUGACAAAUAGUAUCUAAUAUCGUCCAUACGUACUGACAUGGAUUUGUGUACUGACACAGUAUAAAUGUGAAUGAGACAGUGUUGACUGCAGGAAGAGCUGGUUUGUCUUUCUGGGUAUCUCUCUUUGGAAGAGAGAUAGAAAAGGAUUUUGGACAAAUCCUAGAUUUUUGCUAACCUGAGAGGACCUCUUUUAUAUAGUCAUAGUGUUAAAUAACUGCUUCUCUUCUGUCCUUAAAUCCUACCUUUCAGGUGUUCUCUGAAUUUGAAACCUUGUACUGAUUUAAGUAGCUCCCCUUUGAACUAUUAGUAUUUCUAUAUAUUUGAUAAUAAAAGGAUAAAUUGAUCUUAUUUAUAUUGUAUUUUUUAGUUAAAAAAUGACCAAGCCUUUUUAAUAAAAUGUAUUGCUGCAUCUUUACAAUGUGCUUGUUAAGGAAUUUCCCCAAAGUUUGGUAAUGAUGAGCAAUUGCUUGAUUUAAAACAACCUUACAUCAAUUCUGGUAUGCUUCUAGGGUGUGGAUGCCUUUCUAGAUUCAAGAUUGGGUGUGUUUCUAAGUUCUAGAUUAUCUAAUCUCGUAAUUAUGACGUAGAAGUGUUUCUGUUUCUGAAUUAUGGAAAUGCCUUUUCCAUCUUCAUCUCUCGAUGCUGACUAGAUGCAGAUUUUGUUGGGUGUAUGCUUUGCAAAUCAAAGCUUAGUUAAAGGUGUUCCAUUAAUGCAUUUUAUUCCUUUUAAGCCUUUUAUUUCUUUUAUGCCUCAAUCCAUGAGGGGCAUGUCUCACGUGAACUGUUCUCGCUAGAAGUUGGAAACCUAAUGGAGUAUAUCCCCAUGUAUCGAAUUAAUUAAGUAGUCAAUUGGUGAAACACCUCAAGCUUUAACAUACCUUGAGGCUUUAUAUUUUCUUGCAUAAGGCGUAAACUUUAAGAGGGUCACCUUGUCCAAACUCUGAAAUUUGGAAUUAUGUUCAUUGUUUUAAUUCAGACAGAUCAAAGGUUUUUCAACCUUAAUAUGUUGAGGUUUGAAACCUUCUUCAAUUUCAAUGGAUUAUGGGAAAAUUUUGUUUGUAUUAUUGUCCUUUUGCUUUUAAAUAGUACAGUGGUCAUGUAUAUGGUAGUUGCUUAUAUUUAAUUACCAAACUUUUGGGCAGUUCAUUUGAGCCCUAGAAUAUGCAUUAGAAUUACGAGACUCUUAAUAAUUUUUCUAGACCAAAAGGUACCAUAACCCCUAGAUAUUUCUCUCUUUUCUUUUCUUAUUUGAAGGAAAACUUUCUUUUUGCUUUUUAUUGAAGUUAUGCUUUGCGGGUUGCUUUUGUGCUAGUCUAAGCAUUAUUGAAAAUAGCUGCUUUUGAUGAAGUUAUGGUUUUCAUGUUUCAAUACUAUGGACUUUAUUGUGUCACCUUUUUUAUACUUUUUAUAUAUACCUUGUGCAUAUCAAAAAAAUGUGAUGGGGCUUUAUUCCAUGGAUCCUAGAAAAUCUGGUAAAUAAAAUAUUUAUAAAAUAAAACUAAUCAAUACAACAUGUCAAUUUGUUAGGUGCUAUUUUCCUGGGGUUUAUGCCUUAGGGAAGUUAGCUUAUUCUUUAUGGAUUUCAUUGAUAGAUUGCUGCUAAAUUAGGGCAUUGUUUAUUUGCUCUCUCUUUUUUGUUGCUGUUUCUCUCUCUCUCUCUCUCUCUCUCUCUGUGAUAGGUAAAGAAAAUUAUAUUAAAAGCACCUAACAAAAGGGUGCACAAAAAUAUAUGUUGUAUACAAAGGCACCAAAAGGCCAACCAAAGCAGAGGGUCUCUCUCUCUCUCUCUCUUUCUAUAUCUGUCCGUCUAUCUUUUUUUUUUGGUUGUGGUUGUGGCGGACUAUAAAGUGACAUUGUGAGUAUUUUCAGGCUCACAGUUAUAUAUCUCAGUGGGUAAUGGCCUCAGAAAUAGGUUUUUGAUUGAAUUAUUGGCGUGGGGCUCCACUAAGGGACUGCUUCCCAAAUUUAGUGCAUAGCUGCUGGUAAAAAUGCUUUGGUGUCAGAUUUCUGGCAUGAGGAGGUUGGUAGGAGUCAUCUGAGUUACAUAUUUUUGAGGAGCUUUUGGGUAAAAAUUGGUGGAAUCAUUUUUGAGUUUGAUUAAUUCAGUGUUGGCUUGCAGGAGCAGGGGUUGGGCCUUGAGCAGGCUGAUAGUUUUCAGCCCUUUUUUAUUUUUUAUUUU